GUGUGGAACUAAGCAUCCACGUGUCACCCUUUGGAGUGUUCAAAAGGAUGACAACUACGUGGGCCCCUCUUCCUCUCCAAUCACAUAGAAGAUUCUUAAGAAUCUACCAUUUUAUUUUGAUUUCUCUCCCCUCAAAUUUCAUUUCUGGGUAGGAAGUAAAGAACAAUACUUUUUUCACAAUUUUCCAAAAAAAAAAAACUAGAAAAAAAAAAUGAGAGCAUUGAAUUAUGGGUUUGAGCUAGUUGAUCUUCAAAGUUCGUGGAAAUCCAUACAGCAAACUAAAAAAUCAACCUUUUCUUACCUUAACAAUGCCCAUUUGCUCUCUCCUGUCUCUACGGCAUUUCGUCGGACAGGUGGUGGGCGUAAAGGCGUUGCUCCGUCUAGAGCCGCCUUACCUUAUAGGAGGUCUCCGGAGAUCCGCCGUCCGGCAGAUAGGUUCUUUCCCGGAAAUGGGUUGUCCCCAAAUUCACUCAAUUUAACCCCAACAACUUCUAAUUUUACGAGUAACAGAGCGGAAGAGUCAGCUUCUGAGCUGGAGUUGCUUCUUGAGUUGGUCCCGAUUAGGAUUAGAAACUCCUUGGCUUGCCAUGAGGAAGUUGGGGAUUUGAUUGAAGUUGUUCUUGAUUUUGGAAGGAAGCCUUUAGCGCGGUUUCCUUCUGGUGAUUGGGUCAUUUCUCAGGAUCCUGUCAAGAAUGAAGAUUUGCAGCAUGCUGUUUCUAAGGUGGGUGACUUUUCAGAUGACAAUCGAUCAGGAAUUGAUCGUUCACUGCAUCGUAUAAGUGCCAUCCGGAAUCGUAAGAUGCAAAUAAUUGGGCUUACUUGUCGGGUGGGUAGAGCGAUUUGUGGGAGUGCAGAGAUCAUCCAUGAUUUGAUUGAGGGGGGAGGAUCAAUUUUGGUUAUAGGGCCUCCUGGAGUUGGCAAAACCACGUUGAUCAGAGAGAUUGCAAGAAUGUUGGCGGAUGAGCACAGAAAACGGGUGAUUAUUGUGGACACAUCGAAUGAGAUUGGAGGUGAUGGCGAUGUUCCACAUUCAGGUAUUGGCCGUGCAAGGAGGAUGCAAGUGCCCAACGUAAAUAUGCAGCAUAACGUGAUGAUCGAAGCUGUCGAAAAUCACAUGCCUGAGACAAUUAUAAUUGAUGAAAUUGGAACUGAGCUUGAAGCUUUGGCUGCCAGUACCAUUGCUCAAAGGGGAGUUCAACUUGUUGGGACUGCGCAUGGCAUGACAAUAGAAAAUAUAAUAAAAAAUCCUUCUCUCCAGCUGCUGGUUGGUGGUAUAGAGAGUGUUACCUUGGGUGAUGAAGAAGCAAGGCGAAGAAAAGUGCAGAAGACCGUUCUUGAGAGAAAAGGCCCCCCAACAUUUACAUGUGCUGUUGAAAUGAUUUCUAAAACUGAAUGCCGUGUCCAUCACAGAUUAGAUGCAACAGUUGACGCUAUACUUGCAGGUAAAUCCCCUCUAUUUGAAAUCCGUCAGAUGGAUCCUGAGGUGAAAAGCUCAGAUAAUUUGACAAAGAUCCCUCAAAAGCAGCAGCAGCAAGAAGAAUCAGAGUUCAUUAAGCUUGCUAAGAAAAGUACUGAAUCACAGUCUGAGAAUGAAGACAUGGAUGUACCUCAUCUUUCCAAGAGGAGAAGCAUCAAAAGUCGAAGAAAAAACAGCUUGCCUAUCUAUGUGUACACUUACAAGAUAUUGGAAACUGAUUUAGUGCAAGUAGCAGAGGUGAUGGGGCUUGAGGGUGUUAUAGAUGUUACAGAUGAUAUUGGAACAGCAGAUGCAAUCCUAGCCUCUGGUUCAGAGAUGAAGCAGAAUCCAUGGAUCCGCAGUGUUGCCAAAUUUCACCAAGUUCCUAUCUUUGUUAUCAAGGCAAAUACCAUGGCACAAAUGGUAAAGGCCAUCAGGAUGAUUCUUGGGAUGGAAUCUUUUGGGUCAGUGUCAAAGCUUCCUUCAAAAGAUAUGCUUGACAUUGAAAUUGAAGACGACGCACCUGAAGGGAAACCCUCUUUAGAAGAGCUUGAUGCUUUGGAGGAAGUUCGACUUGCGAUUGAGUAUAUUGUGAUUCCGGGUGGUGAGGCUGUAGAACUUCUACCUAGACGUUCAGAUAUAAUUGCUCGGCAACUUAAGCUUGUGGAAAGUUAUCAUCUAGCUGCAGAGAACUCAGGUACUGAACUUAACCCCAGACUACAAAUUCUUCCGUCUAAAUCAAAAAAGAUGACUUCAUCUAAACACUCCAAACAUGGUUCAUCAAAUGAUGAAAUGAGCUCUGUAUCACUUACUCGCGGCAAAGAAGGCACCACAGUCUCCCGAUUGCCCCUCCUGCCUGAAUAGUAGCAAAUAUUUACAAUACCUGUAUGUAUGUAUGUAUGAUAUGCAUCCUGUACACUGAUGUAAAUAUGCUUUCACUCUUAUAUUCUCACUAAUCAGCCAUUUUUCAUAAUGGUUUUAUAUCAAUGAAAUUGUAAUUAUCAUAUC